UUUUUGGUUUGUGAAUACUAGUUAACCUUUCUGGUGAUGAUUGGUGAUUGAUUAUGGAUUGUUCUGAAUUCUGAUCAUUGAUUUCUGUUGAGAGUAGUAAUCCUGGACAUGGUUAAUUCAGGGAUGCGAUUUUUUCAUUUAUUUGUUCAAUCAAACUCUGGUGGGAGUCGUCCUGAUUUUGGUCACCAAUUUUGUUCGAUGGGUGUUGCUUGUUUGCUUGCCCAAUUAGGAUUCCACAAUUCCAGGUGUUAGCUUCUCAGCAUGAUCCUUGAUGUUUACAAAUGUUAACUGUGUUUUGGCGGUUACAUGCCAUGACAGUAAUUUACUAGAUGAAUGGAUAUGGACGAUUGAUGCCAACUGCUUUUGAAUUAUUGAAUUGUGAUGGUUUUAAUCCGACCGGUUCAAGCUGUAGUGUUUUGUUCUCUCAGUCUAUUUGUUGUGUGGUUCUGGAUUCAGGAAGACCCUCUACUCCGGCGAUGGCAGAUAACGAGGAAGGCGAGGAGAAUGCCUCUCGAGGGAACGAGUGGGAAGUUGUUUCACUCACAGCUUCAACAUAUGCAGCUGCCCCGGGCCCAACAGAAGUUGAAUUGAAGGAUGAUGAUAAUGAUGGCGACGCUAAUCAGGUGUAUAAGGCCGAGACUUCUCAUGCUUUGUUCAUGUCUGAACACUUUGUCUUCCCGCCCAGCCAGCAUGAGAAUUUGCCUCUGGAGCCUGAACACAGUGAGAUUGUGGAUGAUGUUACUAGUAAGAAUUUGGGCUCUGGAUAUCAUGCUGAAGAAGGAAACGUCUCCGGUGGGAAGGAUGAUGGGAAUUGGCCAUUGAAGGGGCUAAACAUCUCUGAAGAUUUUCCAGGGGCGCAGUUCUUUGACACUGGCAGUAAUCAGCUUCUGAUCUCGGGUAAAGAGUUUGAAGAGAGUGCAGCACUGCCAGAGUUGCAUCUAUCGGACAAAGAAGAAAGUAUAUAUAGUACAGCUGCCUUUAGUUCUUUGCACAGUGAGACAGGCCUAGGUGGUUCUACUGUAUAUGGCGGCAUUCAUGAAAUAAAUGAAUCUGUUGAUCAGGUUUCACAUCUUCCUGUGCACAGCUCUCACUCUUCAGAGCAUCAUGCUAAAGAUGGUCAAUAUGAGCGGCCUAAAGAAGCACUACCAUGUGAAGCUUGGUGGAAAAGAAGGGCUCUUUCUGUGUAUGGUCAUGCCAAAGAGGCAAAUACAUUUUGGUCUGUCUUUGUUGCUGCAGCUGUUAUGGGGCUUGUGAUUCUUGGCCAGAGGUGGCAACAGGAAAGGUGGCAGGUUCUGCAACUUAAGUGGCAAGCUACCCUCAGCAGUGAGAAGAGUGGGAGGGUGCUGGGCCCGAUAUCUCGAAUCAAGGAUGUGAUCGUCGGCGGCAAUCGUUGCCACGUUUCUUUGAUGAAGGGACCUUCCCCGAACGAGCACUGAUAUAAAGAUGAUGACGAUAAAAUUGGCAGUUGUGUGUGUGUGUGUGGGGAUACUGAUGAGAAACUGCUGAAAGAUGGAUUUCUUAGUACUGUAAUUUUCUGUUAUGGCUUUUGAGUUGUUCCUGUCUCGUAGUAGAAAGAAAGGAAUCGAUGUUGGUUAGAUGGCACGUAAAGGGAAAGUUCGACACUGUUAUAUUGUUAUUUGCUCUUUGUGUAAUUGGUGGCCAGUGAUUGAUUCUGUUGAUAUGGCAUGCAGCUCUGUUUAUCACCGGACCAUCCUUGCGCUUUAUGCCUUUGCCUGCUGCACUUUUCUUCUUGCUUUAUCCUCUCUUUUGUUUUAGAAUGUUCCUUUUUUUAAACAAAGAAAUACUUCUA